AAAACAACUGAUUAACUGAGGAGAAGCCUGUAGGCUACAUGCUACAUACAGAUAUCUGAGUGCACUACAGCAGAUGCAGGGAAUUGAAAGUUGAUCACGAUUAUCUCCCAUCUUAUCAUCUGUCCUGGGUGACAGUCUAUUUUUGCUUUAGCUUAACUGUCAUAGUUGAAUACAGAAACAGUCUGACACCAAGGCUACCUGAACCCCUUUCCUAGUAUAUAGUGCUAUAUUGACUAGUGCAUUGCCACUCAUUGACAUCAGCAAUUACCACAGUCACAACAUAAGACCAACCCUUUAAUAAUGGGGACAGGUCAAUAUCCAACUUUCCAGAGGGAAGAGGCUAUAUCCCAUUUCAUAUUGGGAAAUCUCCCCAACUGUCUAGAUCAGUGUUUCCCAACUCGGGUCCUCGAGUACCCUCAACAGCAGCACACAUUUCUGAUGAAUCCAAGGACAAAAAAAAACCUGAUUUAACUUGUCAAAUAUUGAUGAUUAGUUGACAAGUAGAAUACGGUGUGCUUGUCAUGCGCCACAACAAAUGCAUGUACUGGCAAACACUGGUCUAGGCGAAAGGGAAAGUAGAAACAUGUACGUGUUCGAACAGCAGGCACAAGGGUUUCCACAAGUUACCACAGCCACAAAGUCUGAAUUGGCUAUAGGCGAUCAUAAAAGAAUGUAUGAAAACAAAAAUCGGAUUUUUGGUGUUCAUUUAAGGUUAUGGUUAGGCAUAAGAUUAUCAGUGUGGUUAAUGUUAGGUUUAAAAUCACAUUUUAAGAAGAUACAUUGUAGAAAUGGUCUUUAUGACUUUGUGGCUGGGGUAAGUAGUAAUGACCAGCCACAACUCCGAUAUAAAGUGUGUUUUCUCAAAGUUCCUGGGAUGUCAGGUGUCCUAUUUAUAUCCGUACACUCGUAACAACCUCAUCAUUAUGAGACUUCUAUUUGAUCAAAUAAGCCACACAUAGAAAAUAAGCCAUCGCAUUUUUGUGUUAACAAAAUUCGACACUUUCUCAUUGACCUCCAUACAAAAGCUCCUCGCUUGUUGAGCGAAAAAAACGAAACAACGCCACCUGUUGGAGAAGAUAGAUUUUAGCCCUGUUAUCCCUCUCCCCUAACCUCUUCCUCUCUGCUGGAAAUUAAUACCUAGGGACAGUAAGUACUUCUUGUUGUUGUCUGAGUUGCGACACCGCUGAGUUGAACUGGCAGUUGCUGUUGGCAGUCCAAACUUCAUAGGUCACAAUGGAGAGCGUCGAAAGUGCAGCCAACAUGGAAUUGUCAACAACCUUUUCCCAGGUUGUAUUUCAGGAAAUCCCCCACUCCUACGCACCAAAUAUUGCCGUGACUUGCUGCUACACUCUGACAGCAGCCAUUCAACAGAACCCCAGAGACUGGGUGGGGAUAUUCAAGGUGGGCUGGAGCACCACAAAGGAUUAUUACACAUUUGUGUGGAUAGAACCAUCAUUGAAUCUGAUAAAACAGGAUGCAAACAGAAAACAAGUGCUUUUUAAUGCAUACUACUUGCCAAAGGAUGAUGCAGAGUUCUAUCAGUUCUGCUAUAUUGAUAGCAACGGCCAAGUGAGAGGAGCCAGCACCCCCUUCUGCUUUAAAACCUCAGGGGAACAAAGCACAGACGGCAGCCUGGAAAACGACCUCUUGGUCAUCACAACACAGGAAAAGGUAGAGCAACGUGAGAGGGAGAAAGAAGAGAUGGUCAUGGAGUUGGGGCAACUGAAAGAGCAAAAUGAAAUUUUGAGAGGAGUCCUGAAGGAGCAACAGCAAGAGAUUGAUUGCCUCAAGGAACUAUACAAGGCAGAUGGGAACCUGGAGAAGCAGCAGCAGAAGUCAAAAGAGCAUGAACAACUGACACAGAAAGCUAAAUCAAUGGAAGACUCACACAAAGGACAGGAGGAACAGGUGGUGCAAAGUGAGAGGAAGAUAGAAGAGCUGGCCAUGGAGUUGGGGCAACUGAAAGAGCAAAAUGAGACUCUGACACGUGCCCUAAAGGAGCAACAGCAAGAGGUUGACCGCCUCAAGGAAUCCAAAGAGGAACUUGCACAGGUAGUGAGCAAACUGGAGCAACAGCAACAGAAUGCUAGAGAGCAUGAAGAACUGACACAGAAUGACAAAUCAAUGAAUGAAUCACACACAGGACAGGAGUCUCUGACUCCUAUUUGUGAGAAAUAUGAACGAGCAUUGACCAAGAUCAAACAGCUGAAGAAGGAGCGAGAGGAGUUGAAAGGAAAGGUUGAGGUUCAAAGUGUGGAGAUUGCACAGCUGAGAGAUUCUGAGCAGGAGUCUUACAGACUGAAGGAUAACAUUCAGCUUCUACAGGUGGAUCUCCAGAGCAGUGAGAAAGAGAAGGCGAAGCUUUCUGUGGAGCUGCGCAAACUGCGUGGUCUCACACAUGACCUGGAGGACUUGAAGACUGAGAACAAGGCCUUACACAGAAGCCUGUCAGAGCAGGGGCUCCAGCCACAGCAGGAGAUGGUGGACAGUGAUUUGAAGGUGCAAUACCAAGCUCUUCUUGGCCAGCUGCAGGAGGCUCGGACACAGUUGCACCAGGAGCUGCAGGCUUCCAACAACACACGCAGACGUGCAGAGCAAGCAGAGGGGGAACUGGUGAAGGUCAAUGAGUGCACGAAUCUCAUGGUCAUGAGGUCUACACAGGCGGAGCAGAAAAGCAGCAAACUAGAGAUGCAACUUUUAGAGUUCCACCGAGUCAUUGAGGAGAAAGAAAGCAUGGCAGAGAUCGCUAAAGUAGAGAAAGAGGAGUUGUACAGAGAAAAUCAGGAUCUCAAAAGAAAUGUUGAGAGACUCCGCAAGGAGUUUGCUGACAUCCAGGCUGCUCCAGUGUCCAUGCAGCAUCCCAACCCUUAUGGCUCUUCAACUGACCCCACCCCCACUGAGGAGCAGCAGCAAGAUACACUGGCUGCCUCUCUCCACUUUGGGAACCCUUAUGAGACCCCAGGCCCUGCGACAAACGCAGAGGAGUUGUCCUUGACGUGUCGUCACUGCCAUGAGCGCUUCCCUGGCAUCACCCCGAAUGAGCUGGAGCUGCACGAGGACAGCCACAGAGUGUGCCCCUUUUGCACCCUCAUCUGUGACGGAAUGGAGCAGACCAAGUAUGAAGAACACGUCUACAGCCAUGAGGUGUAGGGAAGCCACAUCCUCACAACCCAGAGAGUUGACUACUAUUUAAAGAAAGCUGAUACCCUACUAAUUAUAUUUCUAAGAGGUGGGGGGGGGGGGGCGACAAAUAAAUACAGGCUAACAACCUAUCCACGACAUUGUAAGACAAACAUUUAAAGUCCCGUUUAUUACUGUAAACGUUAUCUUACCUGGUAAAAUAAGGGUUGUGAAUUUAAUGUCUGGGAAAUCUGUAUCUAAUUGAAUUUGCCUGAAUUGAUCAUAUUGUUUUAGACAUUUUGAUGGUUAGGGUUGACUGUUUUUUCUAAAUUUGCCUCCAUCGCUGAUGGAUAGGACUGUAUGGAUUUGCUAUUUAAUCGUUUCCUAGGUUUACUCUACUGCUAUUAUCUCUUCUGAACUACUGUAUGUUUACUUUGGCUAACUUCACUAUAUUCCCCUUGAACCUGCUGCUAAAAUGUAAAUGAUGUGUUGCAUAAUAAAGUCAAAUGAUUAAUGGUCAAAUGAUGCUCUCUGAUAAUGUAAGGGUUGAAAUGAGAUUCAUGUGGGAUGUUCAAGCAACAAAUAAAGUUCUCUUCACAGUUG